AUGCGGUUUCGGACAUCCAGCUAUGCUUGGUUCUUUCGGUUGAGCAGCUUCACUAGUGAACGGUGUGCGUCAGCGAGCCCAUUGCGCUGCCUCACCAGGCCGACAUUUUACCGCGGUGUUCAUUCACUCCUGACCCGCAAACUCACGAUGCAGUCUGGUCGAAAUGCGACCCAUGGUAGCUCCGGCGCCAAAGUCUUGGACAUAGCGGAGAAAACGGGACGGGGGCUCCGCAGCGGCGACAUUUCCAGCCACACCCUCUCCUCGGAAGGCGUCUGUGCUUCGGCGGAGAGGAAGGGAGUGGUGACCUCGCUUUUGGUCAGCCAGAGACACCUGAGGAGCCCGAGUCCUCAGGUAGAUGACGACUCAGAAGCUGAGUCUUUUCGGGACGGGAGAAGCGAAGAGGUCGACCGAGACACAAAAAGCAGAGCGUUUCUGUGGUGCAGGGACUUUUUGUCUGGAUCGUGGAAGGCUGUUCAAGAAGCGGAUUUUCAAAUUAGUAUUGUCAGUGGUGGACUGAGUAAUCUACUGUACCUGUGUAGCUUGCCUGACCACGUCCCAUGUUUGGGGGAAGAACCCCGGCAGGUGCUGCUGAGAGUCUACGGUGCCAUCUUGCAGGGUGUGGAUUCUCUGGUUCUGGAAAGUGUGAUGUUUGCUAUUUUAGCAGAGCGAACUUUGGGGCCAAAGCUUUAUGGUAUCUUUCCAGAGGGACGUUUGGAGCAAUACUUACCGAACACCCGCAUGCUCACAGAACAGCUCUCCGACCCGGUCGUUUCGUCUGAGAUUGCCACCAAACUGGCACGCUUUCAUGGCAUGGUUAUGCCCUUUAACAAAGAGCCCAAGUGGCUGUUCGGGACCAUUGACAAAUACAUGGAUGAAGUGAUGAAGAUUCAUUUUGUGCGGGAAACACAUGUGAAAAAGUACAAUAAACUGAUGCAGUUUGAUCUGCCUGCUGAGCUCAAGAGUCUCCGUUCUUUGCUGGCAGUGACUCCAUCACCAGUGGUGUUUUGUCAUAAUGAUGUCCAAGAAGGAAACAUCCUUAUCCUGGAGGACAGGGAUCACACAGCGACAGAAAAACUGAUGCUUAUUGACUUUGAAUAUAGCAGUUACAAUUACAGGGGUUUUGACUUUGGGAACCAUUUCUGCGAGUGGAUGUAUGAUUACACGUGGAAUGAGUGGCCGUUUUACAAAGUUACACCCGAGGACUAUCCGACCAGAGAGCAGCAGCUUCACUUCAUCAGAAGUUAUUUGGCUGAGCAAAAUCGACAUACUAAGAGUGACCUGGAUCAGACAAAAAUUGAAGAGGAUAUGAUAAUUGAAGCAAACAGAUACGCAUUAGCAUCGCAUUUCCUCUGGGGACUGUGGUCCAUCAUUCAGGCCAAGUUAUCCAAGAUUGAGUUUGGAUAUAUGGAUUAUGCUCAGAGCCGUUUUGAUGCCUACUUCAAGCAGAAAAAGCUCUUCUCCUAAAUUCCUCCUGGAAAUCAGAAUGUACUGUCCUUUUCUGUGUUCACCACCUCUCCAGCUCCGCUAAUACCUAUGCAAGAAUUUUUGUAUGUUAUCUUGUAUUUGUCUGAUUAUAAUUUGUGAGCGUAAAAGAAAAAAUGUAAAAAGACGUUUUGAGAAAAUGCACACAUUCAACUUGUUUAACACUUUUAUAUGAAGAGUUCUGAGUUGAUAUCCACUCAGUAUAUUUUUGGCUAUUUAACUCUAAGUUAACCAGUUUUGGACCACUUUGUGACAUUCAUGCACGUUUAAUCUUUUGUCUUGCCAGAGAAUUAUUGUCUUCACAUUGGACUUUAAAAUUUGGUAAAUGAGCCUAGAUUAGAACGCUUGUUUGUAGCCCAUUAAUGUUUUGGGUUUCUUUUUUAUUCUACCUCAGUUGUUUUGAUGUUCACGUCACGU